GAUUGCAUGAUUUCGGAACGCCAACUGCAUAACCUUUUGUUAUGCAGUUAUGGCCUCCGACCUGUGUGACAGGUGCUCCCGAUUGCUCCGAGACUUCGCUGCACGUCUGAGGAGAGUUUGGGAGGAGUUCAAGUACAAACUGGAGGAAAUUUUUGGAGAACUUCUCCAAUGUACCUGCUGUGGGAAUGCACCUGAGCGAAGGAUGGCUCAAGAUUUAUCAUCAUUGCAGCUCAUGUGUGAUGAUGAAACUCAGGUUUUCAAUCAAAGAAGCCUCCAAGCACUGAACCAACUUGCAGCCUCUCAAAAUGCAGAUCUGCAAAUGUCUGCAGCCAUAUAUUACCUGCACAUCAGUCACCACUUGAAAUCUCCCUUACCAGAUGCCUUCGUGGAAACAAUCACGGCUCUUCUUUUGUCCCCUGACCUGGAUGUGCAGAAGACUACUUCCUUUGCCCUGGCUAAUCUACUAGUUAAGAAGAAUGUUUGUAAAGAGUCUGUGAUCGAGACGGGGAUGUUGGUGCCGCUGUUGGAGUUGUUCCAGUCGGGGGAUCCGAUGGCUCAGUGUCACUCUUGUGCCUGCGUAGCCAUGCUGGCGUCCUCAGAAUCGAACAGAGAUUCUAUUUUGGUGGACGGAGUGAUGCCUCUGUUGGCUUUGGCUAAAUCCUACGAUCCAGCGAUACAGCUAAAUGCAGCGUGGGCCCUGUUACAUCUCACUCACUCAGAUUGGUCGACAAGAACUCUGUGUCAAGCAGGGGGCAUCCCUGUCUUGGUCCUCUUGCUGCAGUCCUCCAGGUCAGAAGUUCAGUUUUACAGCUGCACAGCUCUUUGCAACAUUGCCGCCGCUCCAGAGCAUCACCCAAAGUUGCUCAGCGUUGGGGGUCAUUAUUUGUCCAAGUCGCUUCUGACGCUGAUGUCUUCUUCUGUAGAAAAGAAUGCAGCCCAAGCAUGCAGAUGCCUUCAAACUCUUUCAAAGAAUGUUCGGGUCCAGGAACAUCUCAUGGAGCUUAACUGUGUGUUGCCUCUGAAGUCCCUGCUCAAAAGUUCGAACGCUGCAUGGAUGCAGUCAGCUUUAACGCUGCUGUGCACACUGACCGCACACCCACCAAACCGUGAUCUCCUCAUGAGUGAAGGACUGCUGAGGGAAGUCGGUCGGCUGCUCCAUCGUCCCAGCUCAAACUCUGCUCUGAUCUCACAAAGUUGCCAGCUCAUCACUGACCUCUGCAGUGCCUGCAUGGACGAGCAGGUACGCCUCCAGCUUACCUUUCGAUGGUUUGUUUAUGCCCCGGCUCUGAAUCCAGUUAACGUUAUCCAGGCUGUGACGGAGAGCCUGUGCUUAUCAGGGCUGCUCCGAGGACUUGAGUCUCCUUCCCUGUCAGAUGAGACUUUGCUGCAUGUGACUUUGUGUUUGCGUCACCUGAUGAGCUGGGAGGGGCUAAGGACCACGUUGUCCACUUCAGUAUCACCAGAGCAAGUUUGGAGGCUGGUGCAGCUUUCCGGACAGACGAGAAAUCCUGAGCUGUCGUACAACUCUGCAGCCAUCGUGCACGCGUUUGAACCGACAGGUAAAGUAGCACACGCGUCCAUAUCCGUACGUUUCUAUAUCAAAUGUUGCUUUUUUUCCUUCCUCUCCUCCACAGCACGCUUCCUCCAGCUGCUGAGGCCUCACUACAGCACGGUGGCUAAAUAUUUGUUGCUGUUCCUCAAAAGGAAAGAUGUGAAGUUCCAGCAGCUUGGCAUUGCUGCUGUAGCUAAACUCAAGAAUGACGGAGACUUUUUAACGUCUGUGACCGACGGUCAGCUGGAGGCUCGGCUGUCGCAGGGACACGCAGAGACGGAGGAAACGAGACGGCUGCUAUGAAUGAUUCAGCCUCCGUUGCCAUCUUCUGGUUAACCCUCGACUUGCUCAGUAUUUUUACAAAGAGUACAAGAUGUUUGCUUUGAUGCAAAACUUUGAUUUUUUUUAUUUUUACAUGCCGCUCUUUUCUAAAAUCAUUUUUAUAUUUGGUUGUUUUUUUUUUACAUAUCUGUCUUUAAAAAGAAGGAAAGGACAGAGGAGUGGCAUCAGCUUUAAUAUAUUUGAACAUUUUUAUAAAGCUAACCUGUGAUAGUCUAGAACAGUACUUAAGGUAUAGGAUCAAGUUUAAGUCACGAUUUUUAUGCAUUUUUAUGCUUAAAAAGCAUUUAACCUACAGCUCUCUGAUUCGAAGCAACUGUGAGUGCAAACAAACAAACAAAAAAAAAGGCAUUGUUGCAUUCUCUCCUCUAAGACGGCACGCACACCAAAUUAAGGCCCAUCUUUGGAAACCGUAUCGUCGUAGCAGCUUUUUACAUACCAUUGCUAUAUUUUUACAAAAGUUCAAGAUUAAUAUUGCAAUGCGGCGACAUUGAGCUCUCAACUGCAUCUCGAUUUAUUCGAGUUCCACUGAGGAAAAAAAAAAAAGGGAAAAGUGCUGAGUCAGCAGUAAGUAAUAUCAGGUUCAACCUAAAAAA